CAUAACCGGAACGAUUUCUUUAGAUUUCUCAUGAAUAUAGGAGCACCCCGACUUCGGCUCCAGCUGCCUGCCACCACAAGCGGAGAUUAUCAUAUCCAGCACUUCAGUCAUCAUGGCAGUGACAGCAGGUAGGAAGAAUAACUAUCAACAGCUAUUGCAUGUCAGUCCUGCAACUAGUGAAUACCAGUAUUGCGGGGAACAGCACUUCCUUGAAGUCUUUGACAGUGAAUAUCAUGCCUUUGAGAAAGACACGACUGGCCGUAGAAGCCAGUUCUUUAUCAUGUCUAACGUGGGCGAGAAAACAUUUUCAGAGACUUUCUCAAGCCCUGAUCCGCAAAAGAGGAUUUUCAGUAACUCUUCCUUCGAAUACAUUCCAGACCACAGUCUACUUCUCGUGAAGAUGAGGACUGCAGUCCAUGAGCAAGCACAUGAGGGCCUCAAUACUCUGAUUGUCGGCAAAUUCACACUCAUGAAUGGGUUGGGCUUACAGCUGCAACAGAUGGGACAAGUCUCGAUUACAUCGAACGGGCGCACGAAAGCAGCUGAUAAGACGUACCGCCCCAAGGAUCUCCCGCAAGGCCGCUCUCCCCUCUGGCCCACGGUGAUUAUCGAAGCCGGAUACUCUGAAGAGAAAGUGAAGCUUGCGGAUGACGCUCGCUGGUGGCUGUUGGAAGCAGAUGGUGACCUGAAGACAGCUCUCACCAUUUCUAUUCAUACAAAAAGAAAAGAGAGCACCGUUGAAAAGUGGGAAUUAAUCCCACGGCCAACACGGCAGGACAAGAAUAAGAAAGUUGCGGAAGUGACUGGGCAUAUUGUUAUGUCCCAGAAAGAAGAUGACCCCAUCGACGUGACAGGCCAUCCCCUAACGCUUCCUUUCGAACACUUCUUCCUUCGUCCCGCUAACCCUGGCGAAGGGGAUAUUAUCCUGGAUAAGUCGGAGAUGGAAAUCAUCGCGGAACUGGUCUGGAAUGUACAUCCCAAGGUUUGAGAUAUCUGGGCUGGCACUCUGAAUAUUGCUACUUCUUGACUCAAAAUAACAUGUUUUAAUCUCUAGACAAUUCGAUAACCGCUAUAUCCUCGUCUAAAUAUUUUAACAGACCUAGGGGCCACUCGGGACCUCUAAGGAGUUCCCCUUUUUGGUCUAGUCGUGCAGUCGACUUCCGUCAUACUUCAUAUACGCUGCAUCCAAAUCUAUCUCCAGAAUUAUCGAAAUCAUUUUUUGCGAUCGCCUCGGUCGCCUCGACGACCAAAAUGCCAAUAGGCAUUUGAACUGGUUCCCUGAGAUGCCAAUCUUAAUAGAAAGCAGCUCAUUGGGGGAAAGAAAAAUACAAGAAAGGUUGAUCGGUGCCUUUCCCAGAGCAAAAGCUUAAGACAGAAUUAGA